UAAUAUAAUUAUUAUAUAUUUAAGAGAGCAAUGCAUCAGCAUGUAGUCUAGCAAGUUGUCUGUUAUUACAUUACUGUGUUUCUUAUACUAGUAAAGUGUGCAACUGAUGUGGAACAAAAAUUACAAAUUAUCCGUGAAUAAUAAAUAUGUGAUGUAUGGUAGACUUCUAUAUUCUGCCCUGAAAAUAUUUAAGAAGUUAUAACCUUAAACUGGACUGCGGACCUUGCGUAGAAAAUGCCGUAUACUGCUGCACGGGAGAGUUGUGGUUCAUGUUUCAAAUAUUUGUCGACAGUUUAGGAGGAAGGAGGGAAAAAGACGUUUUGGGAUCUUGUGAACAGCUGUAUCGAUAUAAGACCGGCCGGUUGCAUGAUACUCGAACCUGAUUGGUGCACCACUUCUUCAUUUUAAACUCGCCUGCAGGUCUAUCAUGGACCGUCCAUGUUCCGACGAAUCGCAAUGUGCGAUCGUUGCGCCUUUCUUGGUGUUUUGUUAAUCUAUGCUCUACGCGAUAAGAAAAAAAAUUAAACUUAUCCGCUAGCGGGAGUAGCGGGUGCUGUGUGUCUGGUCUGUUUUCAGGGAAACGUAAACAAACGGACGCGAGGAGAAGAGGUUCGUGAGAGCUUGUGAACGCCUGUGGAUGAAUUAUCUCCGUUGCCAGGUGCGCUAGUGGAAGUUCUUAAGCAGCGAGAUAGCCCCAAAAUUAGCUUUCAAAAUGGCAUUACGCACCUACGGAGACAAGCCUAUAAGCUUCCAAGUGGAGGAAAAUGGCGAGUACUACUGUAUUGGGUCAGAAGUCGGCAACUACCUGCGCCUCUUCCGCGGAUCCCUGUACAAGAGAUACCCCGGCAUGUUCAGGAGAUCCAUAACCAAUGACGAACGUAAGAAAUUAGUGGAACUUGGGCUGAGCCAGCAUGUUCUCGCGUCUAGCGUUUCGCUAUUGAGAGCCAGCGAGGUGGAGGAUAUCAUCGAGGGCAACGACGACAAGUAUAAGGCUGUGUCCGUGCACUCGACCGAACCGCCGGCGCCUAGAGAGGGCAAAUCCAAGAAGUCGAUGGCGUGGGUGCCCAGCCUGCCGAACAGCUCACACCUGGAUGCAGUUCCUCAAGCUACACCAAUAAAUCGCAACAGAGUGCACAAUAAAAAAGUUAGGACAUUUCCGCUAUGUUUCGACGAUACGGAUCCAUCGUCAAACUUGGAGAACGCGGCGCAACAGGAAAUGCUGGUCCCAAUACGUUUAGAUAUGGAAAUCGAAGGCCAGAAAUUACGGGACACUUUUACUUGGAAUAAAAAUGAAAGUCUCAUAACACCCGAACAAUUUGCCGAAGUGCUAUGCGACGAUUUAGACUUAAAUCCAUUGACCUUUGUUCCUGCAAUCGCGCAGGCGAUAAGACAGCAAAUAGAAGCAUUCCCUCAGGAGACGAUUUUGGAAGAUCAGUGCGAUCAGAGAGUAAUAAUUAAAUUAAAUAUACACGUGGGAAAUACCUCGCUAGUAGACCAGGUAGAAUGGGACAUGUCGGAAAAGGAGAAUAAUCCAGAGAAGUUUGCGAUGAAGCUUUGCGCGGAGCUCGGUCUCGGCGGAGAAUUUGUCACCGCUAUCGCUUACAGUGUACGCGGCCAAUUAUCAUGGCAUCAAAGAACGUACGCAUUUUCUGAAGCACCUCUACCUACCGUAGAAGUUCCCUUUAGACCUCCAUCAGAGGCCGAUCAGUGGGCACCGUUUUUAGAAACUUUAACGGACGCAGAAAUGGAAAAGAAGAUACGCGAUCAAGAUCGAAAUACUCGACGUAUGCGACGUCUAGCAAAUACGACGCCUGGCUGGUAAAAAAAGCACAUCUA